AAAGCCCAAAUUCAACGCGCUGCUGCUGUCCAGCGCGGCUCCUCCCCACCCAGCAAGGGCACUUGCUCUUCCCUAUUCUCACCAGAGAGGCACAAGCGCUCCGGCCCUUCCAGCGACAGGCAGAGCGAAGAGAAAGGGUCUGUUGUUUUUCUCUCCGUGUUUCUCUCUCCUCCACUGCUGAUCACCAAGCUGCUGACCAGGGAGGAAAAGAGAGGGAGAAAGAAAGAAGGGAAAAGAAUUACCUUAAACUCCCUUCGAAAACCAGUUUGGAGUCAGGGCCUGGAGCGCACGCCCUAGACUCGGGGACUCAAGAAUCCUGAAGACAGGCUCUGAGCAAGCCGGGAGCACCUGGGCUUCGCCCCUGCCUGCCCUCGCCCUCCUCCGUUGCCCUGGAUCCUGGACAUGAGUCCGGAAGUGGCCAGGACCUGGCCAGGACCGACGCUGGUAAACCUGUAAAAGCUCUGGCGUUGACAGCUGGAAGGCAGCUGGGACUGUGGCGCGCCCCUCCUUGUACCCACCGCCCCAUCCAAUUGCCGAGCGGAACCUUCCUGAGUCCUGGAACAACCUUCUUUAAGGGAAGCUGACUCCACCCGAUGUCUUCAAUCCCACUGGAAUCGUCCCUGUCAAACCUGAAAGCCCAGUACACUCCUUGGCCCCAUCUGGUCACAGCAAGUUAAAGGUGAAAGGGCACAGCUUGGGGCUGCUCUUCUGUUUACCCAAGCUGACAGAGACACUAAUCUCCCCAGCCAGGAGUGGGUGCGGACAGUAUCCAGCCUUCCACACCACAUUCCUUUUCUAAGACUUUUCUGGGCCUAUUUACUUUCCAGCCCAAUGAUUUCCUUCUUAUUGGAUGGUCUCUUUUUUGCAGUUCAAGCCUAGACUAGGCAACUCCCUGAGGACUAUAAAGUCCUUUGGUGCCCCCCCAGUUGACCUCUUCUGACCAUGGAACACCAUCAACCUGAGAACCCAAUCUCUGUCAAGACCAGGACUGCAGAAUCAGUCAGCCCUGAAAACCACAAUGUGAUAUCAGCGCUAGAAGAGCACCACCAGGACAAGGAUGCUGGAGAGGCUGAUGGGGCAGCCAGAGAAGCUGAUGGGGCGGCCAGAGAAUCUGUUGGGGCGGCCAGAGAAGCUGAUGGGGCGGCCAGAGAAGCUGUUGGGGCGGCCAGAGAAGCUGAUGGAGCAACCAGAGAAGCUGAUGGGGCGGCCAGAGAAGCUGAUGGAGCAACCAGAGAAGCUGUUGGGGCGGCCAGAGAAGCUGAUGGGGUGGCCGGAGAAGCUGUUGAGGUGGCUAGAGAGGCUGAUGGGGCAGCUAGAGAACAGGAGCCAGAAGAUCAAGGGUCGCUGCCAGAGCAGGGCCAGGAUAAACGUGAGUCCCCUCCACCUGACGCUAGUUCAAACCAGCUGGGGCCAUCCCACCAGACACCACCUGAAGCAGAGACAGUGGGGGCCCACUCCGGGCCCCAGGAGCUUCCCCAGUCCCCCAGGGCCCGACAGCCCGAGCUGGAUUUCUACUGUGUGAAGUGGAUCCCCUGGAAGGGAGCAAGAACACCCAUCAUCACCCAGAGCUCUAACGGCCCUUGUCCUCUCCUCGCCAUCAUGAACAUCCUCUUUCUCCAGUGGAAGGUGAAGCUGCCCCCUCAGAAGGAAGUGAUCACAUCAGAUGAGCUCAUGGCCCAUCUCGGAGACUGCCUCCUGUCCAUCAAGCCCCAGGAGAAAUCAGAAGGACUUCAGCUUAAUUUUCAGCAGAAUGUGGACGAUGCAAUGACAGUGCUGCCUAAACUGGCCACAGGCCUAGAUGUCAAUGUGCGAUUCACAGGUGUCUCAGAUUUUGAGUAUACACCUGAGUGCAGUAUCUUUGACCUACUGGGGAUACCUCUGUACCAUGGCUGGCUUGUUGAUCCACAGAGUCCUGACGCUGUGCAUGCAGUUGGGAAGCUGAGUUACAAUCAGCUGGUAGAGAAGAUCAUCACCUGCAAGCACUCCAGCGACCCCAACCUCGUAACAGAAGGUCUGAUUGCAGAACAGUUCCUGGAGACCACUGCAGCCCAGCUGACCUACCACGGACUGUGUGAGCUCACCGCAGCUGCCAAGGAGGGUGAACUUAGCGUCUUUUUCCGAAACAACCACUUUAGCACUAUGACUAAGCACAAGAGUCACCUGUAUUUACUGGUCACUGACCAGGGCUUUCUGCAGGAGGAGCAAGUGGUAUGGGAGAGCCUGCACAAUGUGGAUGGGGACAGCUGCUUCUGUGACUCUGACUUUCACCUAAGUCACUCCCUGGGCAAGGGGCCUGGAGCAGAAGGUGGGAGUGGCUCCCCAGAAAAGCAGCGGCAGGUCGACCAGGACUACCUCAUCGCUCUGUCCCUGCAGCAGCAGCAGCCUCAAGGCGCAUUGGGGCUUAGCGACUUGGAGCUGGCCCAGCAACUUCAGCAAGAGGAGUACCAACAGCAACAAGGGGUCCAGCCUGUGCCAGCAAGGGCCCCAUCGCCCCAGGCGAGAGGAGCACCACCUGGACGCCCAGCUGGAGAGCGCCGGCGGAGGCCGAAGCCAGAGUCCGACUGUGUCCUCCUUUAGCGCUUCCCCGUGCCGGGCUGCCCUGCCUCUCCUUUUAGAGGCUGUGGCUACUUUGCUUGGUCCCCCAGGUCAGCCCCUGAGAUAUGCAGGGUAACUUAUUUAUGGACUUUUGGGGAUCCGAGCAGGCAGUAAAUGUCAAGGUCAAACUCAGCGACAUUCUUGCCCUCAAGUGCUGCAGCUUCUGUCCCUCCCAGUCACCCAGGGCAACGGUGGGACUGGUGGGUCGAGGAUUUCUGGUUCCCAGCUCCCCUUUCCCAGAGUAUCACACUACUAUGGAGACUCAGGCUCCAGGGCAAGGUCCCUGUCUAGACAGCAUCUACCUGACUUCCCACCCUGACUGGCUGGGUCCUUCUGGCCAUCCUGCAGGUCCGCCUUAUUUCAGGAUUUGAUUUGGAUUUCUAUCUCCAUUAUUUGUAAUGCCUUCCUAGAGGUUUGGAAAUAAAACUUGUUUCCUGAGA